UCUUAAGAUGGGAAAAUGGUUUUUUCUAAAAUAGAUUUAGCUCAAAAGCAUAAACAACCUCAUAAAAAUCCUCGUGAAAUAUUAAAUGAAUUGAAAGAAACCGAUAAAAAGAUCAAUGAGCUUAACGAGCAGGGCGAUAUCGCUAAACAAAUAGGAGGCAGGCCUUCCACACAAGCACGAAACGACAACUGUUUACGUACGCAUUCCAAGUCCUCGCGGUUCAGCUGCUUUACAUGACUCAAAGAAGGAGAA